CGAGGUACUCAAAGCGAACGACGGUUACAGAAUUGAACACAGCUGAUCGCUUUAUUUCAAAACUGUCUUUUUGUAAAGUUGACACAGUUAGAAAGAUAGAAGCAGGUGUGAACUUUUUAAUCGUGGUCUGAAUUUUUCACGUCGAAAUUCGGGUAGGUUUUCCCUCUCAUGUUUCAACGAUAGAUCGCUAUGGACGAGGACACAGAAUAUUUGAAGCUUCCAAUAGAAGAUCAGUGUGUCCAUAAAUUAUGGAAAGCCAGAGUACAUGGAUAUGAAGCAGCAUUGAAACUAUUUGGGCAGUGGGAAGAAAAAAGUCCAGAAUGGAACAAAUUUACUUUUCUUAUGAAAAAAAUUGUGAUUGAUAGCAAUGCAGUGGCACAAGAGAAAGGGCUUGAAACUGUCCUUUGCUUUGUGGAAAAUUCAGCACAAGCUUCUAAAACUGUUGGUGAUGUGAUGAGUGGACUCAUUGCCAAAUGCCUAGGUGCCCCGAAAGCACGAACCAAGGAUGUGGCAAUUCAGAUUGCACUUAUGUAUGUUGAGAUAGAAAAGUAUGAAAUUGUGCAAGAAGAAAUUUUAAAGGGAAUAGCAGCUUCAAAAAAUCCCAAAGUUGUUGCAGCAUGCAUAGCUACCUUGACACAGGCAUUAAGAGAGUUUGGACCUAAAGUUAUCAAUUUAAAGCUUGUACUGAAGCAAGUUCCUGUGCUUUUAGAAGAUAGGGACAAGAAUGUGAGAGAAGAAGGAAAAAAAUUGGUUGUUGAGCUUUAUAGAUGGAUUGGACAAGCUUUGAAACCCCAGUUGUCUGCACUUAAACCAAUUCAGGUCAGUGAAUUGGAAACAGAAUUUGAAAAGCUGGGCAACGAAAAACCACACCAAACUAGAUUCUUGCGUUCGCAGCAAGAUCUUAAGGCCAAGAUGGAAGCUAGAAUGACAGAAGGAACUGAUGCGACUGAAGAAGAGGCUGACAAUGCGGAUGCUGUUCCGGAUAUCGAUCCUUACGAACUAUUAGAACCUGUCGAUAUUUUAUCUCAAUUACCGAAAGAUUUUUACGACAAGUGUGAAGCCAAAAAAUGGCAAGAGCGGAAAGAAGCAAUGGAUGCGUUAGAGCAAUUGGUUGCUAAUCCAAAACUUCAAACUGGAGAUUAUGGGGAUUUGGUGAGGGCGCUGAAAAAGAUCAUUGGUAAAGAUUCCAAUGUGAUGGUUAUUGCUGUUGCUGGCAAAUGUUUGUGUGGUCUGGCGAAUGGACUGAAAAAGAAGUUUUCUCCUUAUGCUUUAGCCUGCAUCCCUACAAUUUUAGAAAAAUUUAAAGAAAAGAAACAAAACGUUGUAACUGCAAUGCGCGAGGCUAUUGAUGCCAUUUACCCCAGUACGACAAUCGAGGCCAUCCAGGAAGAUGUUUUAGCCAGUUUAGAUAACAAAAAUCCAUCAGUCAAGGCCGAAACUGCCGCAUUCUUGGGUCGAUGUUUUGCAAAAUGCAAUGCGACAAUCUUAAACAAAAAACUUCUUAAGGCUUACUGUCCCGCUUUGAUCAAAGCCUUAAAUGAGCCAGACCCUGGUGUACGUGACAGUUCGGCUGAAGCACUUGGCAUUGCUAUGAAAGUCGUGGGAGAAAAAGUAAUCAUGCCAUUUCUUCCGGACUUGGAGGCAAUGAAAAUGGCCAAGAUCAAGGAAUGUUGUGAAAAGGCUGUAGUUAGUGGUAAACCUUCCGGUGCGGCGAAACCUAAAACCGCUCCAAGUAUGCCCGAGUCAAAGGAAGCCGCUCCCAAAAUUGCAGACGCAGCACAAAAACGACCUGGUGCUGUCAUCAAAAAACCAACAGCAGCUGCGUCUGGAAGUGGUCCAGCGAAAAAGCCUGCAGGAAAAACAGCCGUGAAAAAAGCAGCAGGAGCAAACGCCAAAGUAGAAGAAAAAAUAGAGAAGGAACUUUCACCUGAGGAAGUGGAAGAGAAAGCUGCCGCUAUUUUACCUCCAGAUGUCAUAACAGGAAUUACAGAUGCCAAUUGGAAAACUAGAUUGGGUGCCAUGGAGUCCAUGAUGCAGACCAUCCAAACACUCGAAAGAGCUGACAUACCUACACAGGUGCUCGUGAGGACAUUGUGUAAAAAGCCAGGGUUGAAAGACAACAACUUCCAAGUUACCAAGUUAAAGUUGGAAGCUGUGAAGUUUCUGGCAGAAAAAUCUGAUUUUUCUAAGCGUUCCGCUGAAUAUGUCAUUAACGACGUUGUCGAUAAACUAAGCGAUGCCAAAAAUGGAUCCAUUACAACAGAAGCUUUGACUGCUAUAGCUGAAGCUACCAGCCUAGAUUUCGUUGCAAAUCAGGUGACUGAUUUUGCCAUGGGACAAAAAAAUCCUAAAGUUCAAGCCGAAGCACUGGUUUGGCUGUCAAACGCGAUCAAAGAAUUCGGCUUUGUUGUCCAACCGAAACCGAUUAUCGAAACCGCCAAAAAAGGUAUCAGUGCAACUAAUCCAGCUGUACGGACUGCUGCAAUUACUCUGGUGGGUACGUUGUUUUUGUACAUGGGUCCACCCCUACGGACGUUUUUUGACGGAGAAAAACCAGCCCUUUUGCAGCAGCUAAACACAGAAUUUGACAAGUAUACCGGUCAGACACCACCCGCACCCAUUAGAGGGGCGGCACCCAAGAAACAAGCCGAAGGUGAAGAGGAAGAACCCCAAGAAAUAGAAGAAGUCAACGUUGUGGAUCUCAUUCCCCGCACAGAUAUCAGUGGGUCGAUUACAGAAACAAUCGUUAAUGAAUUAAACGAUAAAAAUUGGAAGGUUCGAAAUGAAGCCCUGCAAAAGGUGACUACCAUAUUGAAUGAUGCCAAGUUUAUUACGCCCCAGUUGGGUGAAUUGCCUACUGCGCUUGCCGCAAGGAUGUCUGAUUCAAACACUAACUUAGUUCAACAAGCAUUGACGAUUGGCCAAGCCCUUGCUAUUGCCAUGGGACCGAAUUGUCGUCAACACGUCAGGGUUCUUUUACCUGGUUUUUUACAAGCCCUAUCAGUGAAUAAGCCAACUGUUCGUGCCACAGCUAUAUCUUGUUUGAACACCUGGGUCGAACAAUGUAAUGGAAUGAAAGAAUUCUUUGAGGGCGAAGUCAUUGCCGACGCACUGAAAACAGGAAACCCUUUCGUAAAAGCAGACCUGCUCACUUGGCUCGCUGAGAAACUGCCGAAUGUCAACGCCAAAGUAUUGAACAAGGAUGACGUGACUGCCUGCGUACCUCAUUUGCUUGCUGCUAUUGAAGAUCGCACAGCUGAUGUCCGCAAAGCGGCUCAAGAUGCAACCUUGGGAUUCAUGAUUCAUCUGGGUUACGAGAGCAUGUCAAGGCAUGCUUCGAAGUUAAAGCCUGCAUCUAAGUCCAUCGUUCAAGCUCAUCUGGAUAAAGUUCGACCUAGCUUGCCUACAAAACCUGUGGUUGCUGCUCCUCAACCAGUUGCGAAGGCUAAAAUUGCAGCCCAGCCUUCUAAGGAAAUUCCAAAAGAGGAUGACGAUGCCGCCAAAGCUCCUUCAGGAAAGGCCUUGCGGGCGCCGUCCAAGACUAAGAUUGCGGGACCUGCCGCUGCUGCAUCAGCUGUUCCCGGAGCAAAGAGCAGUCGUAAAAAAGAUGACGAUGUUGAUACUUCACCGUUGCUGCCCUUAAAUAAUUUAAAAACCCAGCGUGUAAAUGAUGAGCUCAAGCUGAGAGUGUUGAAGUGGAACUUCGCUGUUCCAAGAGACGAGUUUGUUGAUCAGCUGAAAGAACAAAUGAAUACGGCUGGAGUAAACAAAUCCUUGAUGACAAACAUGUUCCACGUGGACUUCAAAUUUCAUCUCAAAGCAAUUGAAUCGUUGAAUGAGGACUUGAGCGUUAAUGUGGAGUCUCAAAAAGCCAAUUUGGAUUUGAUUCUAAAAUGGAUGACUUUACGGUUCUUUGACACCAAUCCUUCUGUUCUUCUGAAAGGUUUGGAGUACCUUCAAAGUGUUUUUUCAUUGUUAGCCCAAGAAGGCUAUCACAUGUUAGAUUCUGAAGCUUCUUCAUUCAUACCAUAUCUUAUAACAAAGGUUGGUGAUCCAAAAGACGCAGUGAAAAAUAGUGUUCAUGGCAUUUUUAAAACUCUAUGGCGCAUAUAUCCAGCUAGCAAAUUAUUUCCCUAUGCUAUGGAAGGAAUUAAAACAAAAAAUGCUCGCCAAAGAACAGAAUGCCUUGAAGAGCUAGGCAGCUUGAUUGAAGAGUUUGGCGUCGCAGUAUGCCAACCGUCUCCAAGUGUUGCCCUAAAAGAAGUCGCUAAGCAAAUUGCUGAUCGCGAUAAUGCGGUUCGCAGUGCUGCUCUCAAUUGCAUCGUUCACGCUUAUUGCCAAGAAGGAGAAAAAGUUUAUAAAUUAAUUGGACAGCUAUCAGAAAAAGACAUGUCCUUGUUGGAAGAGAGGAUUAAACGGAGCGCCAAAAAUCGUCCUGCUCCCGGAGCUGCCCCUGUUAAAACUGCCGUGACUCCCACUCCAAAUCCUGGCCCCACCUCACCCGAUACUCGUUCUGGCUUACCCGUUCGAGGAGCUCGACCGGCUUCUGCGUACUAUGCAUCAGAUAACAAAAACACCAGGGUUGAAGUGGCAGAGCGACCCCAAGCACGACCAAUUUCUGGAGUGUUUGCCAUGGAGCUGGAACAAACUGUUCAAAAAGCUGCAGGUUUGCGAGGUCAUGUCAAUUCCAGCAUACACCUUGACUUAGUUCAAGUGAAUUUCGAUGAUAUUUUGAACGAGGCUGUUCCAAUGCCAAGAUAUAAGAGGACGGCAGUAGGAUCAAGCCAAGCAGCCGACCAAUUCGGGAAAAUUAAUAGUACAGAUCCUGCUCUUGACAUCAAUAUUUCUCAGAUUGCGCAUCCCUCCUUAAAUGUCUCCUUAAAUGCUGUCCAAUACGUCGAGAACGUCAUUAAUAAAUCUGCUGACGAAAGUUGGCUCGAAACGCGAGUUGACCAGAUUUUAAUAGGUUGUACGAUGCAAUUGAGACUCCUCUAUCAAUCGCAAGAUCGUUCGCUGAAAGACAUUAUUCAAGGCUAUAAGGCACUUCUCCGAUUGUUGAUGGCGCUCUUUGUUCAAAGCAAUCUUGCCCAGCGUGGGUCACGCGAUGUGCUACGUGAUUUAGCUAACUUGAGUUUGCAUGUCAUGUUGGAUUCUCGACUGGAAACGGCGGAUGAUGCAGAUCAGGUGGUUCGAGCGCUUAACGUUCUCGUCCUGAAGAUGGUAGAAAAGUCUGAUCACACAGCAAUGACCAGCGCUCUUUUGCGACUGCUGCACGAUGCCGUGGGUAGUGAUAACUCAAAUGGCAAGUACAUUGAACUUGUCAUGAAAUGCUUAUGGAGGAUAGUACGAAAUCUGAAUGAUUGGAUCAAUACCAUAAACAUCAGUACCAUACUAGUUGAUCUUCACGCUUUCCUCAAGGCCUAUCCGUCAUCUGUUUGGAAAGAUCGUCAAUCAGAUACACCCAUAAGAACUAUCAAAACGAUCAUUCACACUCUCGUUCGGCUACAAGGAGAUGCCAUUCUUUCAAAUUUGGGGGCAAUCGAUAAUCUGAAAGAUUCAGAGUUGGAGCCUUAUCUGCAAAAACUUCUUAAAAGUGGCGUUUCCAAGGAAAAAGAUUCGGCCAGCAAAUUACCUACCAGUGAUCAACUCUCAGGUGUGCCUGAAAAAAAAGACGGUUCCGUCAAAAUUCGACGACUUUCAAAGUCCACCCAGGAAACGUUGACUGCAAUAUUUCGAAAAAUUGGUUCAAAGGAACUAUCGCAAGAGGGUCUUGCGCAAUUGUACGAUUUCAAACAGCGAUAUCCGGAUGCUGAUAUUGAACCGUUUUUGAGUCGAUCGUCCGAUUUCUUUAAGAAUUACAUUGAACGAGGAUUAAAGUUUAUGGAAGAGAAGAAGCGGAAGGAACUUGCUGAGGGUUUGCUGACUCCUGACAAUAACAAUCCUGUUGAAGGGGGCCUAGUUCAGCAGUCGUCGAGUUCGGAGUCUGGAGUAAACCCAGAUGCAUAUAGAGAAAGACUAAAGAAACUUCGCGCACUAGCUGGACUGGAAACCAGUCAUGUUACAAGCUCUAACGCUUCAAGCACGAUAAACCAAUUUGGAUUUUCAUCUUCGUCUGUUACUGUUACCCAGACACGAACUGUUACAGCAAUUUCCGGGGAUUUUGAAAACGUACCCGUCGUCCAAAACGUCACCACCACCACCAGCUCGUCCGCAACCAGUGGUAUUGAAGACUAUCGCCGACGCUUGGAAAUGUUGAAAAGUGGUGGCAACCUCUCGUAAAAAGUGUUGUGAUUCACCGUGAGAAAUGCUUGCCCUUUUUGUUCUGAGCAAUAGCGAAAAAGCUCUGAUCAAUAUUUUUAACGUGCACCUCUAUGAUGCUUUUGAUAUUCUUUUCUAUUCUUGGUUUGUUGCGUCCUUUAUCAAAUCGUUUGUAGCCUUCACCUUUCCUUCGAAUGUCAUUUGUCCUCUAGAAAACUUAAAUUUGUCUCAAAAAUAAACUCAUCACGCAAAACUA